CGGGGAGGACUCCGAGGGCAGACGUUCCAAAGCUACCCCGACGGAGAGACACACCGAGACGCCCCUGCCAUCGGGAGCCCUUCGGUCUCAGCCCCGUUCCAGAUUCAGCUGAAAGGUGGAGGGCCCAGGGACGCAAGACACGAAGGAGUCGUUAAACGACUCGAAGGGCAAGGACGGCGCGGACAUCGCCUCUACGCUGAGCGGUUUGUUCGCCGGACUUCCGGCGUUGGCCGGUCCCCAACGCCUCGCCAAUUCCCUCAGGCAGAAGUUCGCCAAUAACUCCGAGGGAUGGCGAGACUCAGUGUUGGGGGCUCCGCGCCGACUGUUGGUUACUCUCGGGAGUCUCUCCAGGGACAAUUCGCCCUGUCCUGCCACGAAGGAGGAAACUCUACCAAUUCUUCCCGUCCCGGAUUUAGAAGUAACCAUGCAGAAGUAUUUGGCCCAGGUUGAAGUAAUUGCUCCGAAUAAUUUGGAGAAAACUAGAAACUUGGUAAGGGCGUUUCUUUCCGGACCUGGGCCUAAACUUCAGCAACGUCUUCUGGAACGUAGACAGAAGACCACGAACUGGGCAACCCAAUGGUGGCUCAAUGACAUGUACCUCUCUGUCCCAUUGGCUCUACCUAUCAAUAGUAAUCCAGGCCUGGUUGCAAGACCGAAACGAUUUUCCAAUCAAAAGGAAGCAGCAGUGUUCCUUGCCAGAUUCCUAACAGAGCUGCUUAAUUAUCAAGAGCUGCUGGAUGCAAAUGGUCUAGAACCCGAUAAGGUAAAGUCGAAAAAUGGGAAGGGUAUGCAACCUCUAUGUAUGGCACAACAUUACCAAAUGUUCCGCAUUUAUCGACGACCUGGGAUCAACGGUGACGAACAAGUUAUACUUGACAGGGCUACAUCGGGUGAUCACAUAAUCAUUGCACAUCACAACCAGUUUUAUAGUGUGCCAGUCAGAGCACCGGACAGAGCUCGUAUAACAGAAGCGGAACUAGUCCAGCAGAUUCUAAGCAUCAUGGAAACCAAAGCUGAUCCCAGGACUCCACCUGUCGGUAUACUUACGACCGCAAAGAGACCAGCUUGGGCAAAAGCCAGGGAAGAAUUACUAAAACAUGAACGAAAUCGGCACAAUUUGGAAUUACUGGAAUGCUGUCUGUGUGUGGUCUGCAUCGAUGACGAUGUCCUGCCUGCCACAUUCAACAACUCUUUGAAGAAAGAGGAUCGGUGGAUAGGGGAUAGAGAUUUUGCGAACGUGCUUCAUCACGCUCUGCACGGUGGAGGUUCCAGACAUUUGGGCGCGAAUCGCUGGUUCGAUAAAACUUUUCACGCUAUACUCGGCAAGGAUGGAUUCUGGGGAUUGACUUACGAACACUCAGCUGGCGAGGCGCCAGCGAUUUUCAAGGCGUUCGAAGAAUUGACAGAGAAAGUCGACGCAAUGCCUCCACCGGAUGAAAAUACAGUGCCGUCUCAUUUACCUGCGCCUGAAAAACUCGAAUGGCACUUGUCUGAACAAAGUCUUAAUUAUAUCAGAGAAGCAAUGACGUCUUUCGACUACUUGGUGGAAGACUUGGAUCUUUGCAUUUUGUGGUUUGAAGACUACUCGAAGGAGUUUAUAAAAUCGUGCAAAAUCAGUCCGGACGUUUAUUUACAAUUAUCACUGCAACUUACGUAUUUCAAAUUACACGGGGUCUUGGUCGCCACAUAUGAAAGCGCAGGCAUCAGGAGAUUUGCUCUAGGAAGGGUGGACUGCAUAAGGGCAGCCAGUCCAGAGGCAUUGGCAUGGGCGAAGGCAAUGUGCCAAGGGGAUCCAGAGAGUCAAGCAGCGAACGAGCAGAACAACAUCCCUGACAAAGGCACCAAAAGAGUUCAGUUCACCAUUUACAGUCAAGAGAGAAUGAAGGAGUUAUUCGAUCUGGCGGUGCAGAGGCAAACUAAGGAAAUGAAUGACAACAUAAAUGGACUAGGAAUUGACAACCAUUUAAUGGGGCUGCAUUACGCGGCGAAAGAAGCUGGAGAACCAGUCCCUGACAUCUUUACGGAUGAGGCUUAUAAAAUCAUCAAUCAUUUCGCACUCUCAACGUCGCAGGUAACUACAAAGAACGAUACAAUCGCAGGAUAUGGGCCAGUGGUUCCGGAUGGUUACGGGUGUGGUUACAACAUCAGGGACAACGGCUUUAUAUUCGCGGUGUCCGCUUUCCAUAGCGACGGUAGGACGAACGCGAUGAAAUUCGCGCAAACGCUUGAGCAAAGCUUGCGGGAUAUGGCGACCAUGUUGAAAAAUGCAUCAGCUCAGCGAUGAAACAAAUCGUGAAUUCGUCGCUGCGAAUAAAAAGUAAAAAGCCACAGUAGAACCUCGAUUAACUCGGAAUGUUCCCUCGAAAAUAUCCCAUGGGGAUUUAAGGCUCUUUUCUAUUUAGAACGAAGUCAGUCGUCAGUGUAUCGAUUUAUCUCCAUUUUCUUGAAAAUUCUUGGAUCUAGAGUCAUUAUAAUAUUCCUACUAGCAUAAAUGUUAUCAUGUGUGCUUCUAUUAACACACAGACAACCACUCAGAAAGAAACUGUGAUUAUAAUGUUUUCCACUAACUUAAAUCGAACUCAAUUAACAGGUUUCAUUAAAAAUUAUGUUCCAAAAGAGCAAGAAAGAUAUCUAAUGAAUUGCAAGUAUCCCCAGUUCAAGGUUUACUAGAUAAUCAAAAAGAAAAAAUUAACAAAAUAAAUGGCUGUGCGUUGCUAAGUGAAAAGUGGGAGACUUGCCAUUCGGUUGGUUAAGUGUUAACCUGUUAACUGUGGAAUUUAAUUUAAAAAAUCUCUCAUUGUAAGCUUAAUGAAAUCAAACAAUGAAGUGUAUACUAGUCAGACGCUGGAAAAAUGCACCUAUAAUAUAUUCUAAUGAGAAACUAAAACGAAACGAAGAAGAACUACAUGUGUGUCUGAACAACUAAAUAAUUGAUCGGUAAAAAAAUUGGUACCAUUUUACGUUUUAAGAAGAUGUGUACACUCAUUAAGCGCAGUAAACUAAUUAAAAGAAGUGAAUCAGUUUAAACCGUACCUAUUCAUAUUUAAUCAUGCUUCUGUCGACUUCAAUGGCCGAGAAGCUACCAAGUUAAUAGGUUCAAAGGAACAGGGCAAAGGCAACUUAACAGAGGGUUUAAAUAUUUUCCAACAAUGUGAAACAGUUUGGGGUCAUUUAUUUUCUGAGUAGGAUACUUGGAGUAGGAUUUUUUAAUGAAAAAUAAUACGAAUGAAUAUUUAAACUUUUAUUUAAUAUUUCGAAAUAGUAUACAACUGUAGAAAAAUGGUAAAAUUACCAUACCAAUAUUAGCAUCUUUAUCAUAGAGGAAAAUCAACAAAUAGAAAGAAAAAAGAAAUAAAAAAGUGUGGAACAUAAUUUUUAUUUUAUCUCCAUUUUUUUAAUAGAGCAAGAAUAUUAAAAACGAUUCCAAAUGUUUAAGUACUGAUACGUUUACACAAAUAUUUUUAAAUAUUUUUAAGAACAAUGCAUUUAUUACUACAUAAAAAUUCUACCUUUAGUUUUUAAAUAUAUUGCCAAUAACUUCUUUUCCAUUUUCGAUUGCCCGCUGAGUUUUAUCUGAACCAGUUCGUGCAUUUUCCAGUUAGGUUAAUUAAUCGAGGUUCUACUGUACUGUACCAAAUCGAAGUCGUAUUAACCUUCACGCUGCAAUUUUUAAUUAUUAUCAAACGAAACUGUAAGCCCACCACACAAUUCGAUUUUAGUUCAUAAUUGGAACUUAUUUUUCUUUAAAACGAGGCUCAAUAAUACUGUGGCACAUCUCUAGUCUACUGUUUACCAUCACGGAACCUGGUCGAGCUUCAAUAUAUUUUUCUCCAAAAUUGCAAUUUUUAAAAGCACAUUAAAAAAUAUUUAAAAGUGAAUGAGGAAAUUACUAAAUUACAAAAUUAAUAAUUCACUACAUGAAAAAUUAACAAUAAUUCGAGUAAAAAAUAAUUACUUUAUCAGUUCUGUUACAUAUGUUCCAAAUUUUCUUAGUCAUUUUCCCGUAUAGAAUUUUAUGACAUCAGAAAUGCUAAUUUUGCAGCGUAGAGAUUAAAACAAAAUACGUUUAAACAUAUCAAUGAAAGUGUGCAAUUAGGCCAACACAUCUGGAACUUCUGUUUCUGUCGUUUGAAUCUUAUUCUGAAACAGAACAAGUUACAUAUACAGGGCAUAUUUAUAACACUGCUGGUCAAAGUUCAAUCCAUUUAAUAAUUAAUAAGUACAUAUAUUACAAUGUUAUAAGAUUCAAAUGGGCGAUUAACAGUGAAAAGUUAUAUUUCUCGUUGCAAUUAGAGGAUUCCUAUCGAUUAUAGUCACGGUCACAUGCAAGUCAUGUUAUUAAGGUUUCCUAUUAAUUUUAGAGAAUGGUCUCAUACGGAUUAACAUAGUUUAAAGAAAUUGUUUAUUAAUUACGAUGAUGAAACUACAGUGAUUCGUAUUAUCUGUUAUGUAAGUAUAGUUUUCUGUUCAUUCGAACGAAGUAGUCAUAGGUAAAUCGUAUAACUUAAAAAGCUUUCUAUUAAUCUUUUAAAAAAUGGCCACAUGUGGUACAUGUAAAUUAGGAAGCUUUUUAUCAAUUAUAUCAGCCACCCAUGGUGAUUAGCGCUAUGUAUGAUACAAACUAGUAGAACUGCAGUGGGCUAGACACUACUAACUCAUACGGUCUACAAGGAUUUUGUUAAUCUUUGCAGAAUUACUGCAUGUAUUUCAUGUUACCUGAAGUCAUACCAGUUGUAGUAAAGGCUUCAUCGUUUUUGACAGCGUAACCUACCAGAAUGUCGUGUUAUCUACCAAAUAUUUUAUUAACACUUUAUCGACUAAUGGAUCCACGAGGCAUCAAAUACGCUACUAUCAAAAGAACGUUAAAUUAAUAUUAUAAUUAAACAGGCUGUUCGUUCUAAUUCGAAAAUAUAAAAUAGUUCCUUUUCUGUUAAUAAUACGAAAAAAGUUUUCGAAGGAAAUUGUUCAAUCCAUAAAGAUACGCAUCUGGAUAUGUCAACAUUUUCUUUGUGGUUGCAUUUUUAAUGAUUUAUAACAAUCGAAACUGUCUAUAUAUGAAACAAAAAAAAUUCUUGAUCUUUAGGCAGAUUUGUAUAAUAAAGAAUUUGAGUAAGAAAACAAAAAUUAACAUAUGUAGGAAGGUGCGUAAUGCAGGUUUCUUUAUAUAGUUAAAUUUGAAAAUAACUUUUUUUCGUUUACUUGUUAGUUGUUUCAGAAAAUAUUAAAAAUAAUUUAUACUGAUUAUUUCGCGUAAGGGGAUUUGAUAAAUGAAUAAUUGCUACAAGUAAAUAACCUUUUUGCAGUUCUUGUUUAUUUACCUAUAAGGUCGUUAUAAAAUGUUAAAAAUAAUAUAUAAUUUUAUUUAAAAUAAUAAUGUCUUUCAAUUUUUACAUGUAUCAUAAAUAAAAUCGGAGAUACGCGAGGUGCUUAAAUUAAAUGAAAAGCAUUAAAAGUACACAGGAUGUUCCCACAAUCUUGGUACAAGCAGAAAAUGUGUGUAUCUAUGUGAAAAACUCAGACGAAAAUGUAGAAUAGAAUGUUCAUCAUAUGAAAAAAUGUUAUUCUACAUUUUCUCAGUUUUUCAUAUAGAAUAAUUACCUUUCUGAUUGUAUUACAAUUUCUAAAACAUUGUGCAAUGGUUCCUUCGAUAAGGUGUUAAUUAUGAAACAGAAACAAAUGGGUUAUACACCUCUACGUUUCUAAAGGUCCUUAGAAAAGGGAAACACGUUUCGUACGCAAUAAUGUAAUACUUAUAGUAACGAGGAUAGCCAACUUAAGAAAAAUGUUAACAUUAUAGAUAUAUGUACCGGUGCUUGUAAUUCGCACACUUUAUCAGACAUCGCUGGUUCGUUGUUCUCCGCCUUGUUCGCAAGGAAAAUUAUCGUGUGUAUCUAGACUAAUUUUAGAGUAGCUCUUGUAGGCGAAGAUUUCUUUACCAAUGAUUUCACACAUUAUCGUGAGUAUCCUUCCCUUUCGUUAAAACGUAGUUAAAAACUCCAAUGAUGAGGCGAACGUGAGUCGAUGUUUAUUAAAUUUGCAACUAGAUUGUUGUUUCAAAGAUUUCACAGAAAUCAUCCUUGCAUUAAUAUUGCUACAAGUACGAGUCCUUUAGAGAAAUUGCGCCACACUGAUAAAAAAUUACGUUGGAAAUUGGAAAUUGUUAUUUGCUGAAAAGUAAUAUUUCAUUCAUUGUACACGCGGAAAAUGAAGUAGUGAUUACCUGCACAGAAAAACAUCAGAAAUUACAAUACUUCAUGAAAAAUUAAUGUAUCUUUGCAGCAAAUGAACAUACUCUAGGUUGAGUUAAAUUUAAAUUUAAAUUAACCUUAGGUUGUAUUUUUUAAGUAGGUCGCAAGUUUUAGUAAAAUCUCAGAUAUGAGUAUAUUUAUAUUUAAUAUUACUUAAUACCAUUUCAAAAAAUCGGAUUAGUUUUCGGUCGUAUAAGUAUUUCAACUCUAAUUAAAAAAACAAUAGCUCCAUCUUACAGUAUGUAAUUGUUUUAAUUCAAAGCUCAGUGGAACGAUUUUUCUCUAACUCCUAUAGAUACAUCAGCAAUUACAUGUUUAUAUUUGUGCAUUUUAAUUGUCAAGCAUCAUUUGAAAGAUCUAUUCAUCAAAAAAUCAUUGAUUGCUAUAAAGUACUCAUCAUAUCCUCAGAACACUGUAUAACAGUCAUCCUUCAUAGAACGAAUUGCUAUUUCCUCGUAAUGGACGCUAUAAUCUAAUGACCCUUUCUUAAAAACAGGCGUACAAAUAAUAAGCGACCGAGUUCGACUAACAGAGACGGAAAUUGUUUAAGUCGCUGCGCGUACUUAUUGUUAGUAGGCAAUAUAGAUCGAUCGGUCCAUUAUGAAACACUAGUCAAAGUCCUCGAACAUUAUAGUCCGAGCGCUGGAAGUUCCUUUCCUCUGAAAGUGAACGGUUAUUUCCGUAUGGUUUCAUUAUUAUUCGUACAUUAUAAUUAAUAAUUAACAUUUUAUGUUGAUUUCUUACUGGUAGGGCAUAAGUAAAGUAUCAACGUUUUAAAAAAUGAUUUGAUCUUAUUGCUUGAUACGAUCUAGAGAAACUAACCCCAAGGGUUAAUAUUACUUAUUAGGAAGUGAAUCAGAUAAAAAAGAACAUUUUAGUGUGGGAUUAUGUUUAGGUAGAGUCUCAGUUGACUUUAGAUGUAACUACAGCAUAAUUUGGAUGUAUUGAAUAUGUUUAAGUAUUUAAUCGAACUUUUAGGUGUGGAUUAGAUCUGAUGUUUAAGUUAUGUCUAAAAGUAUCGUUAUAUGUGGACACAUUCAAACCUUAUUCUUAUCUAGUUCAAACUUAAUUUGUGCCAUACCUCAAAAGAUUAAAAUAUAUACAUAUUUAAAAUAUUUAAAACCUAGACGAAGAUUUAUUGAAUGUUUAUGUUUGAAUGAUCUAAAUUGGACCUAAGUUGAAUCAGAGUCUGAUCUAGAUUAAAUGGAUUCUAUCUAGAAAUGACCUAAAUAUAUCAAACUGCCUGGACAGUCAAAAUUUUGAAAUUGUGGUAAAACGAAAUUUUGUUUGGUAGGUUAAAAAUGAUAUAAAAACGAAUGAAAUUAUGUAAUAUAUUAUUGCGUAAUAAUUCGGAGUCUAAUUGUGACGUAUAGCAUAUGGGUAUUUAAAUCAGACCUAAUUUUCAAUUUGGGGUAGAUUUGAAACUUGGGUCUUCAGAAACCAACGAAAUUCUAUGAUCUACGUUAGUUUCGCCUAUCCACGCAAAGGCAAUUAAAAAAAGGUUUAAAUUAGUGAUAUUUAGAAAUAUUUAAAGGCUGCAACGUCCGAACGUUCAGCUGUAUGUUACAAAAAAUUCUGAAUAAUUUAGAGUAAACUGUUAACUUAAUGAUGGUUAUUGGUAGGUUACAGACUAGAUUUCUGUUUGUUGCCAAGCAAUUGUAAAUGUUACUGUUAAUUGUAUCUACAUGAUGUAUAUGUAUGUUAUAUUUUAUUGUUUCUGUAUAUAUGUGGUAAUUUUCAAGAUUCACUUAUGUAAUAAGUGUUUAAAAUUUCCUUAUGUAAUAUGUUAUGUAUAAGUAAUUCUCUCGAUUACACUAAUUUAUAAUUUUGUAAUAUAAUUACCCACAGUUUAGAAGUGGUAUGCGAUUCGCAGUGGAACGUUAAGUAUGAAAAAAAAGUAAAUACGUUUAUAUUAGCUUUGUAAAUUUGUUAUCUUAAGCAAUUGUUGAUAAUUUUGAAUGUUCUUUAUCAAUAAAGCGAACAUUCCUCGUACAGUAUCUCCAAUAGACGCAACGAAGAGACAGAAUACUGCAUAGAGGCUGAUAAAGCUAACUUCUUUAGGUAGAGAAGAGAUUUCUAGCGCGCGGACCUCGUCUGUCGCAACACAUAUUAAAUGUGGCCAAUCGUUCGUGUGUUGGCGCCCGCACAGUAAACUCUUGUCCAAUUCUUAGGUAGGUCGGCGGAUCGUCCUUCUCGAUAGACCGGCGAACGUCGACGAUAGCUCUAUUUGUCUAUCACUUUAAUCUUCUACGUCUAAUAACUACUGUAACUAAAGCUACUUCACUAAGUACCGAAUUCUGCCCACAGUAAAAACGAUUCAUCUUUCCCCUUGAAAAAAGUAAACAGUUAGUCGGCGCUAUCACAAGCAGGAUAUGGGGUAGAUCGUAACGUAUUUUGGAUAUUCAUCUUUCUGUAAUUACAUAAGUAGGAUCAAGGGUACUAAAACUCGAACAUAGUUACUAAAAUUGUUAGAGAAUAGCUUAACAUUGCGAAAUAACUGUUUCCAUUAACUGUCAGAGCCUGUAAUGUUACUUUCAUGAAUCGUGUGUUGCCGGAAAAUAUGACAUUCAUUAGGAAACUAUCUGUUAAGGAAACACGCGACGAAUGACUGUGUACCUAUAUAACACUCAAUCAUUGCUGAAUGUUAGUGGAUCUACCGCAUACCUUGUUUAUACCUGUAAUUUGUAACUACUUACAGACACGCACAUAUAUAUAUACAUAUAUAUAAAACGCAUUUGUUAACAUUAUUCAUAUUUUACGACGUUGUUCGUUAACUUUGUUGUAUACUACUUCGAUUGUACAGUCACCCGUAGUAUAAAUGUCAUCGAGUUUCGGAAUGUUCCCUCACGUGGAAGCAUAAAACAAAGUAUGUAGUAGUUUCAUCUGUAUUGCCGUUACGCGAUGAGUUUAUUAAGUAUUCAAUUGAUCGGGAAAGUUUUAUAUUCAGAGUCUAAGGAAAACUGCUUUAUUGUAACCAUAAAAUGAAUCUUUAACUAGCGCGGGGAAUUGCGGCGGUUCCUUGUAUUGUUAUCUACUAACGUUACAUAUAAGUAUACAUACACACAUGUACGCACAUAUCAAGUAACGUUUACUUAUGUAAGAGUAUGUGUAUGUAUGGUAUAUAAAAGUGUUCUGUAUAUUAAUCAUAAGAUGCAAAUACCUAUUAUGUUUAAGGUGAAAUAGAAUUACUUAUGUACAUCGCGAAAUUAUUUGCGAUUGCACCUCUGCGGCCAAGAAUAUCACGCAUAUCAGGCGAAAGCCAUCAUAGCGAUGAUUUUAUUGAAUAGGACAUGUCCUCGUAAGAUAGAAUUGCUUAUAAAAUAAAGGUGACUGAACUAAAGUAGUCUAUAUUCAAAAGUUCAGUUGAACUUUAUUCCAAAAAAUAAUAUUGUAUGAAGACUACUGUUAUUACAAUGAAAUUAUGUAUUGUCACAUGAGGUAAUGAUAAUUAUAAACAAUCCGAGUAAUCAUGAGAAAGCAUGGUUCAAAAAAACAGUCGUCUUCGUGAUCAAUAAUAUCUAAUGGUCAAUAAACUUGUAAGCACAUAUCACUUUCUGUUCAUACGGAAAGUAUACACGGCAUACCUCUGUAAUUAAUUAAUGAAAGUAUGUUGUAUCAUGUGUAUGUAUGUUUCCUUGUGCAAAAAUAAACACUAUUGUGACACCACCUUUUACUUCAAUUUUAUUCU